UUCAUGGACACAGCAGCAGCAGCAGAGUGAUACAUCUCCCACAGAUCUUCAUCGCUACCAGGAGCGGAGGGAAAAGUGAAUUUCCAGCCGCUUUUCCACAGCUGUUUUCCAAGUUUUUCCAGCUUUUAGUCUCCGUGAAAAGAGUCCAGUGAGUCCCCCGGAGCUACUUUUUCCAUGCUGAACUCAAACGCAGCUCUGCGCUGCUUUUUAUCCAGGGUCUCGUCCAACUGUUGAUGUCUCUGCUGUGUGGAUGCGGCUUUUCUGGAGCCAGGAUCACCUCUGAGUGCAUCGCAGGAGCAACAGGAAGCUGUUUGCUUUGUGUUGGGAAUGAGGAGCAGCUUUUUGUACACGAUGUGACCAAAGAUGAUGGUCUGAUCCUGUAGCCUCCUCCCUGCUCCUCCUCUCAGCUCUACCCCACUGACUCCUCCUGGGUUCCCCCGGCGUCCGCCCGCUGCUCGUCCCUCAGAAAUGCGCUUUGGAAGCUGAGGUUCCUGCUCUGAUGGUGGAGAGCAUCGGGAUCCUCCGCAGGAACAAGAUGCCAGUAUGCCCAUCACUCAGGACAACGCCCUCAGCAUCCUCCUGCUGCUGGAGGACUGGCUCCGGGCUCAGGCGCUGAGAUCUACCCAGACUGAGAGCAGAGAAGAAGAGCGUUUGGAGACUCAGGAUGAAGAGUCCCAGGAUGGAGAUGAAGACAGUCUGUGUGACGGUGUUGGCGUUGGCAGCGUCCAGCUGGAAGACCUGACCUUGUGUCUGGCUGCUGCUCAGAAGCUGGUGGAGUAUAUUAAGUUCAACUUCAUGGAGAGUGAGGCGUCUCCCUCAGCAACAGGCUCCUCCCGUACGAAGGGUCUGGAGGUGGAGGUUCGGGCCGUUUCCCUCAGCAAACGGGAGGAGGAUGCGGCUGACUUUGGCCUCAGCUUUGGGAACAUCCCCAUUUUUGGAGAUCCUGAUAUCAGGAAGAAGGGAUCAUCGAGGAAGAGGAGGGAAGCCGGCCCCAUCGUUGACGUGGGCUGUGUCUGGGUGACGGAGGUGAAGAAGAAAAGCCCCGCCGCCUGCUGCAGGCGCAUCCGACUCCGAGACGAGCUGCUGUCUGUCAACGGGCAACUGAUGGUGGGAGUUAACGUCACCGGAGCCAGCUACCUGGUUGAGCAGUGCUGGAACGGCGGAUGCAUCUACUUGAUCCUUUUGCGGCGAGUGAAGCGAAAGGCCCCUCUCCCUCCUUGUGUCGCGGAAAGCGUCCUCAGUCCUGAGCGGCUGGAAUGCAGCGAGAACCAGCAGGACCAGCAGCAGGACACAGCUGAUAGUGAUGUGGCAAACUACAAACGCACUCGCAAGUUUGGUGUCAUAUCACGGGCCUCCUUCCAUCGAGACCAGGAGGAAAGUCCUGAAUCACAGAUCCAAAGCUGCACCCAGAGCCCUCCAUGUAAUGCAGAUGCAGGAGUCCGUCCCGCCCUGGAGGACUCUGACUGCAGCCCAGGCUCCUCUCCUCAGAUUAGAAAAGUUCAGUCACACAAUGGCACUGCUGCAACGCUGCCUGGGAGAAGUCACAGCCAGUUGGUGGAGCGCAGGAUGCACUCCUUCACCGGUGAAGCUGCAACCCAGGCCAGAGAGGGCAGCCACAUCUGGAAGAUGCACAUGGUGAAGGGUCAUGAGGGUCUUGGCAUUCAGAUAACAGGGGGGCGGGGCUCCAGGCGCUCUUCUCAAGGCAUCAUUAUUGCUCAUAUAGAGAAGGGGGGCGCUAUUCACAGGGACGGACGUCUUCAUGUUGGGGACGAGCUUCUCAUGGUCAACGGUCAGUCUCUGGUUGGGCUCACACAUCAGGAAGCCGUUUCUGUCCUUCGCUCCACGACUGGUUUGGUCCAGUUGGUCGUAUCAAGCUGGGAUGAGUCAGAGGUGGACUUUGAACACUUUCCUUCCACAAGCCUUCCAGACAUCGUCAGCACCUGCAGGUCCUCUCUACCCCCCUGCUCCUCCCAGACUUUCUGCAGCACCACAGGUCUUCACAAUUCCUCCCAGUUAUCCAGCCUGGAGAACCUGGAAGACUUCAACCACGGGAAGGACUCAGAAGGAUGCAGUCCUUCUCCCAUGAAGAUGGCCGCCCAGUCACAAGGCGGCAGCAGUCAGCUGGAGUCGGUGGGUGAGGACGACGAGCUGCUUGUGGAGAGCAUUAUCUGUGGCAUCGAGGCGGCAGAGAAACCUCCAACCGGCCGACGGAAACACUCCUUACCUCAGCAGCUGGACGCCACUGGAGUCAGACAGGAAUACCAGAUAAUUAAGAAGUCGGCCCGCUCCCUGAGCACCAUUCAGGUGGAGUCUCCAUGGCGACUGGCCCAGCCGUCCAUUAUCUCCAGCAUAGUGCUGAUGAAAGGCCAGGGGAAGGGCCUCGGGUUCAGUAUCGUCGGAGGCCAGGACUCGGCUCGUGGGCAGAUGGGCAUUUUUGUCAAAACCAUUUUCCCCUAUGGAGCAGCAGCGGCUGACGGGCGACUGAAAGAAGGAGAUGAGAUUUUGGAGGUAAACGGAGAGUCGCUCCAAGGACUCACUCACCAACAGGCCAUCCAGACCUUCAAGCAUUUGAAAAGAGGCGUUGUGACCCUCACGAUUCGCACCCGUCUGCGGAGUCCCAGUCUAACUCCAUGUGCAACGCCAACCCUUCCCAGUCGCUUCAGCUCCCCCAGUUCUUACACCAGUGAGGGCGCCCCUUCGCCAACAGGCCUGGAAGAGGCUGACGGCCUCAAGGGUCCUGGCUUGGGUCCAAAAGACUUUGUCAUAAUGGAGGUUACUCUUAAUAAAGAAGCUGGAGUUGGUCUCGGGAUUGGAGUUUGUUGCCUGACGCCUGAAAACUCUGCUCCUGGUAUCUACAUCCACAGCCUGGCUCUGGGAUCUAUUGCCAAGAUCGAUGGAAGGCUCAGGCGUGGAGACCAGAUUCUGGAGGUGGACCAAGUCAGUCUUCGUCACGCUGCGCUCAGUGAGGCGUAUGCAAUUCUCAGUGAAUGUGGUCCCGGACCAGUCAGUCUUAUUAUAAGCAGACAUCCAGACCCCAAGGUAUCAGAACAGGAGAUGGAUCAGAUUAUCGCUCGGUCCACAAACAAGGACAAACUGAUCAGAAACAGACUCUGCUCUCAUCACCAAGGUCUGUCCAAUAAGAGUCCCUGGACGGCGGCGCGGUCGAGGUCAGGAGACAGCCCCUCCGCCCUCAGCUGGACCAUGAAGAGGUUCCUGGAGCCUGCCAGCAGAGCAUCCCUGAGCUCAGAGACAGAGCUUUCCCAGUACUUCCCUCAUGACCUUCCUGGCCAGCCUGCCGCCCCCAAAUCCGGUCUGAAGAGCUCAAACAGUGAUCAAGGGCUCCACCAGCUGGGCUUCAGUACCUCCACAGAAGACGAGCUUUCACAGCCCCGAGGACUUGGCACCUCCGUGAUGGACAUAAACCACGACCCUGAAAGCAUCGCAUCGAGCAGCCAGACCUCUGUUCCCUUCCAGCCCUUUGUGGAGCCCCUUUGCCCCGCCCCCUCUGCCCACAGCCCCACCUCAGUGCGGAGCCCCCUGCUCCGCCAGCGACGGGUUAUAUGCUUAGAGGAGGAGCUUAGUGACAAUGAGGCCCACGAGGCUGAGUUACUAAACCCCCCAAAACAGCCCGAUGUUCCACCCUCAGCACAGGCAUUGAAUCCCACACUGAACCUCUGUCCCAGGGAGGGGGAAGGAGGUAUUCACACCGUUACCCUCAAGAGAAGAGAGGAUGAGGCAUUCGGACUGGACCUGGAGAUCAUGUCCUCUCCUCUGACGGUCAUGGUUGCUGGUUUAAAGCCUGACCGGGCUGCAGAAUGGAACGGUGAAAGCAAACUCUGCCCAGGAGACCAGAUCGUGAAGAUCGGAGAUAAAGCUGUGAGCUCUUCAAAUUACCAGGAAAUCUGUGAACUUAUGCACAACCUUCCAAUGACUCUGUCUUUGGAGGUGAGGCGUGCUGCUUCAGCUGUAGAUCAGACGUCCACCUCGUCAGUGGACGGCGGUGAUGAAACCACCAGACGGAACGUAACCACAUCUGUUCCAGAGAAACAUCUUAAAGCUCCGUGUAGAAACUCAGAACCAUCCACGAACUCACAGCAAACUGAAAGUGGAUUCCAGCCGACCAUCUCCUGCAGACCUGAUGCUCCAUCAGAAGAACAUGGGCGUGACCCGCUCCUCUCAUUUGUCAGUGAAAACACCGCAGCACUGCAGAUAAACCACGGCUGCUUUAUUCAGCGUGCCGCCCAGGAUUGCCCUCCAUUUGCAGAACUGGUUUCCAAAACUGAAAAAAGCGAAUCUGCUUCUGACAACAACAGAGAGAGCAGCGAUGAUUAUGCUCUCCAUGAGAGUUCAGGUCCUGAGCAGGUGAAGCGUUGCUCCACAGAUCCACAGCAUCCAGAUGGUUUCAGGUCCCCUGAUAUGGACCGACUUUCCCAUGGAUCUAUGAAUAACCAGGAACAUUCUGAGUCUCCACCAGACAAAGAGAGCACCGCUGAGGUUCCUCUGCUCUCUGACCUCAAUCACAUGCCAUGGGCGGCCCCUGAGGAGUCAACAAGGCUGUUACCCAGCAGGACGGGUAAUGCAUCCAUUAACCAGGACCCUGAAACCAUGACUCAUGAUGCACAGUCCUCAGCUCUGUGCCGGAACCUGAUGAGUCAAACAUCUUCAGCUAAAUCCAAGGCUCUCCAUGUUGGACCACAGUCUGGAGGUUCUGACCUAAUCGAGCGAGUCGUAGAAGAUCAAGCUGACUCAAACCCAGAUGCUUGCUUUAAAUCUCCUGGUGGUUCAGAGAGUCCUGCAGAAAGCGAUGAACCCAAACAUCAGAUGGAAAAUGGUUCUUUGAUCCGCAAAGCUUCAGUUAUUCAAAGUAUCAGGUCCGCUUCAGUAGAACCAGAACAGACGUUUAGAAGUGAAAGCCCUUCUGAGACAAAUGUGGCCUUCAAGCAGCUCAGUAAAUUCCAGCCGGUAACGUUCAUGUCCAGCUUCCUGAACCAGAACAAGCAGCCUGAGGUGAAGAGCAGCCCUGAAUCAUCCAGGACCGGUAACAGGAACCCAAACACGGCCCGGCAUGGACCCACAGGAGGAACAGAGGAGAGCCAUUUAGCUUCCAGUUCAUCUGACACUGAGGAGCAGCCGGCCUCGCCCAUGACUCAGAGGACAUUAUUACAACUCCAGCUGUGUCCUCCGCCUUCUCUCACCUCACCACCACUAAGAGCCGCCAAAGACUCUAAAAGCAAAGCCUACUCCAGGUUGGCCUCCCAGCUUUCUCCCAUUUCCAGAGGAGAAAUGACUAACGGCAGAGCCAGAAGUCAAGGCUUGAAUUCCCUGCAUCGUGUUAAAAAAGCUCAGCUAACGGCAGCAAACGGCCCAGAAGCAGGUAUGGGGUUAAAGUUCAGCUCUUCCAAGCUGAACGGUCCCAGACUGAGUCUUUCCAAAGAUGUCAGCCUGUCCACAGACUGCAAGCCUUUCUCUGUCCGACAUAAAAUCAAGUCCUUCGAAAGCCUGGCCCACUUGGAUAGACCUGUAGCCAAAAGCAGCGAGGUCCACACGUUGGCGGUAGCGUACACUGCUUCUCUCAACCAGAGGAUUGCUGGAUAUAUGGACCUGGUUAAUUCUGUGCAUUGGCGCGGACAGCGAAGGAACAACGACCCUCUGACAGCAGCAGCGUCCCUCCCACCUCCUCUAAGCAAACCUGCUGAGGAUGAAGCUCAGAAAGCUCCAAAUGGAACCAUGACAAGGACCCCUCUGGUGCUACGAAGGAAACAUGGCCGCCUUCCCAGCAGGAAGGUUCAUCAGCUUCGGGCCGUCAGUAUGCCCGACCUGGAAACGCUCUGCACCGAGAACUUCAGCCUAGGGAAUAAAGCUGCUGACCCCAGCCGCCAAUCCGCUACUGCGGAUGACACGCCUUCUGAGGACGUACCUCAGCGGCCCCCAGAGGCCGAGAAGUAUGGCUGGUCCAUCAGGUGAGAAGCAAAGUUUAGAAGAAACUCUUCAGUUUGAUUUUCUAGUAGUAAUAGGAUGUAUGAAAUAAAAAUAUUACACCUCCUCAGUAGGAGACGUUGGUUACCUUUUAAGACUUGAAUUAUUAGAACAGUCAAUAAAAGUGAUAUUUUAAGUUGGUUCACUUAAAAUAAAUGCAUCAACCGACAGGAAGCGGAUGUAGAAGGAUAACAUACAACAGCUUCAUUCUGUGUUCGGAGUAACAAUAUAUCACUUCUAAACCAGCCCCAGUUCAGACUUUUAAAGCAUCGUUAAAAAUUA